AUGGCUGAGUCGAGCAGUGAUUCCGUUUGCCUCGAUGUAGAGACGAUUUACCUCGGUGGGAAGGAGCAUAUUGUACGUACUGGUAGUGGCUCCGUAUCCGUUAUAGUUUAUGGUGACCCAGAUAAGCCAGCCCUCCUCACUUAUCCUGAUUUGGCCUUAAAUCAUAUGUCAUGUUUCCAAGGAUUGUUUUUUUGUCCGGAAGCGGCGGCAUUGCUGCUUCAUAAUUUCUGUGUUUAUCACAUUAGUCCUCCAGGGCACGAGUUGGGGGCUGCUUCAAUUUGUCAUGAUGAUCCCGUGCCUUCCGUCGAUGAUUUAGUAGAUCAGAUCCUUGAGGUGGUUAAUCAUUUUAGGCUUGGUGCAGUUAUGUGUAUGGGUGUACUGGCCGGUGCUUACAUCCUUACACUUUUCGCUAUGAAAUUUCGGGAGCGGGUUCUUGGUUUGAUCCUUGUUUCUCCUUUGUGCAAAGCACCAUCUUGGUCAGAAUGGCUCUGUAACAAGGUGAUGUCGAAUUUGCUGUAUUACUAUGGUAUGUGUGGAUUGCUGAAGGAAUGCUUGCUUUAUCGUUAUUUUAGCAAGGAAGUCCGUGGCAAUGCUGAAGUUCCAGAGUCAGAUAUUGUUCAAGCGUGCAGAAGACUGCUGGACGAGAGGCAAAGCACAAACGUGUUGCGUUUUCUUCAAGCAAUAGAUAGGAGGCCCGACAUUACUAAUGGCUUGAGGACCCUGAGAUGUCGAACCCUGAUAUUUGUGGGAGAUGGUUCUCCUUUUUAUGCAGAGGCUCUCCACAUGAUCGAUAAACUGGACAGAAGAUUCAGUGCCUUAGUUGAGGUACAAGCUUGUGGAUCAAUGGUCACGGAAGAGCAGCCACAGGCAAUGCUAACGUCUUUGGAAUAUUUUCUCAUGGGCUACGGAUUGUAUCGACCCAGUCAGUUUAGCGGCAGCCCGAGAAGCCCGCUAAGCCCGACAUGUAUUGCACCAGAACUCUUGUCUCCAGAAAGCAUGGGAUUGAAGCUAAAGCCGAUCAAGACUCGCCUCUCUUCACAAAGAUGA